CCCUCCUCUCUGGUUGUGCAGUGUCUCAUUUGUGCAAUUCUGAAGCUGGUCGUCUGUUCUCAGUGUUUUUCUGGACGUCAUGGCGGAGGGACGUGGAGAGCUACCGCCUCAGCCGCCACUUCAUCUAUCUUUACCCGCGGCCAGCAAGCGACCGUGCUUGCGCCCGGCUCCCCGAGGGCCUGGUCCGGGGCCUGGUCCGGGUUUUCCGAACUCUCGGUUUCGCUGCCCGGAAUCUCUGUUGGACUGUGCCGCGAAGGCUGUAGCGGAGAAAUGGGCCUUUGAGAGGGUGGAGGAGCGCUUCGAGCGGAUCCCAGAGCCAGUACAGCGCCGUAUAGUGUACUGGUCCUUUCCGAGGAACGAAAGGGAAAUAUGUAUGUAUUCGUCGUUUCAGUGCCGCGUCGCAGGCGAAGAGGGUCCGGCGGUGGGCACAGUGGCUCCCGCUGGAUCCGGGUCUGUCCCUGGAGGGGUUACCAAUACGACGGCCGCUGCCGGGGCAGCGGGCACCGGAGAUGGACUUCCUUUCCGCCGAGGCAUACGGCUUUUGGAGACUGGUUGUGUGGAAAAUGUCUUACAAGUCGGUUUUCACCUCAGUGGCACGGUCAUGGAGCCCGCCUCCCAGUCGGAGCCUGAGGUCACCCACAAGGUGGCCAUCAGCUUCGACCGCUGCAAGAUCACCUCGGUCACCUGCGGCUGCGGUAACCGCGACAUCUUCUACUGCGCCCAUGUGGUGGCACUGUCCCUGUACCGCAUCAGGAAGCCAGAGCAGGUCAAGCUGCGGCUGCCCAUCUCAGAGACCCUGUUCCAGAUGAACAGAGACCAGCUACAGAAGCUGGUGCAGUACCUCAUCACAGCCCACCACACAGAGGUGCUGCCCACCGCCCAGAAACUGGCCGACGAGAUCCUCUCAUCCAACUCUGAGAUCAACCAGGUCCACGGGGCCCCGGACCCCACGGCAGGGGCCAGUAUCGAUGAUGACAACUGCUGGCACCUGGACGAGGAGCAGGUCAGGGAGCAGGUCAAACUGUUCCUGUCUCAGGGAGGGUACUACGGCUCUGGGAAGCAGCUCAACUCCAUGUUCGCCAAGGUGCGGGAGAUGCUGCGGAUGCGUGACUCUAACGGUGCCAGGAUGUUGACCCUGAUCACUGAACAGUUCAUGGCCGACCCUCGCCUCGCUCUGUGGCGGCAGCAGGGGACAGGCAUGACGGACAAGUGCCGGCAGCUAUGGGACGAACUGGGUGCCCUGUGGGUGUGCAUCGUGCUGAACCCGCACUGUAAGAGCGAGGAGAAGAGCGGCUGGCUGAAGCAGCUGAAGAAGUGGGGCGACAUGGACAUCUGUCCCCUGGAGGACGGCAACUACGGCAGUGAGUUGCCCAACAUUACCAACGCUCUACCACAGAGCAACCUCGCCCAGGACUCCCUGGCCCGACCCAGACGGACAGUGUUCAAGCGGGCCAUGGAGGCCUGUGAUCUCCACUGGCAGGACAGCCACCUGCAGAGGAUCAUCAGCUGUGACUACUACAUGUCCCCAGCCUACCAGAGAGAGGGAGAGAGUCUGCUCUUCAACCCCCAGGGCCUGCCUCUAUGGCUAGAUCACGUCCCCACGGCGUGCGCGCGGGUCGAUGCCCUGCGUUCCCAUGGUUACCCCCGCGAGGCACUGCGGUUGGGCGUGGCCAUCAUCAACACCCUCCGGCUGCAGCAGCACCGUCAGCUGGACAUCUACAAGCACCAAAAGAAAGAGCUGCUCCAGAAGGGGAUGACCAGCACUACUAACCUGGAGGGCUGGGUGGGACACCCCCUGGAUCCCAUCGGCUGUCUGUUCACCACCCUCACUGAGACGUGCCGGGUAGAGGACGACAACGCUAUGGACACUGGAGACUCUGGAGAGCCCAAGCCACCUGUGUACCAUCAUGUGCCCGUAUGGGGUUGCCCGGAUGGUGGGGAGUCCUACCUGGCACUGGCCCUGGAGGUGGCGCUGAUGGGCAUGGGGCAGCAGAGGGUGAUGCCUGAAGGCCUCUAUGCCCAGGACAAGGUGUGUCGCAAUGAGGAGCAGAUCGUGGCCAAGCUGCAGGAGAUGGAACUGGAUGAUCUGCUGGUCCAGACGCUGAGGAAACAGGCUAUCCUCCUACUGGAAGGUGGUCCGUUCAGUGGCCUGGGUGAAGUCAUCCACAGGGAAAGCGUUCCCAUGCACACCUUUGCCAAGUACCUGUUUUCAGCCCUGCUGCCCCAUGACACAGACCUGGCCUACAAACUAGCACUGCGCGCCAUGAGGCUCCCUGUGUUAGAGUCGACUGGUCCCUCGGGAGACUUGGGUCACCCCCACCAUGGCAUCAGCAUGGUGCCCAGCCGCUACCCGCGCUGGUUUACCCUGGGCCACCUGGAGUCUCAGCAGUGUGAACUGGCCUCCACCAUGCUCACCGCAGCCAAAGGAGAUAUGUUGAGAUUGAGGACGGUGCUGGAGGCCAUCCAGAAGAACAUCCACUCCUCCUCCCUCAUCUUCAAACUGGCCCAGGAUGCUUUCAAGAUCGCCACUCCGGCUGACAACCCCCCAGACAUCACCCUGCUCAAUGUAGCUCUGGAGCUGGGCCUGCAGGUAAUGAGGAUGACUCUGUCCACUCUGAACUGGAGACGCAGGGAGAUGGUGCGCUGGCUGGUCACCUGUGCUACAGAGGUGGGUCUGCGAGCGCUGGUGAGCAUCCUCCAGAGCUGGUACACCCUGUUCACCCCCACCGAGGCCACCAGCAUCGUCGCAGCCACCGUCAUGUCCCACAACACCAUCCUGCGCCUCAGCCUGGACUACCCCCAGAGAGAGGAGCUGGCUAGCUGCGCCCGGACGCUGGCCCUGCAGUGUGCCAUGAAGGACCCCCAGAACUGCGCCCUCUCGGCCCUCACGCUCUGCGAGAAGGACCACAUCGCCUUCGAGACGGCCUACCAGAUCGUUAUCGACGCAGCAUCAACAGGCAUGACGUACUCUCAACUGUUCACCAUCGCCCGCUACAUGGAGCACCGCGGCUACCCGCUCCGAGCCUUCAAGCUGGCCUCGCUGGCCAUGACCCACCUCAACCUGGCCUACAACCAGGACACCCACCCGGCCAUCAACGACGUGCUCUGGGCCUGCGCCCUGUCCCACUCGCUGGGCAAGAACGAGCUGGCCGCAAUCAUCCCCCUGGUGGUGAAGAGCGUGCACUGCGCCACCGUGCUCUCGGACAUCCUGCGCCGCUGCACCAUGACGGCCCCGGGCCUAGCCGGUAUCCCCGGGCGACGGAACUCUGGGAAGCUCAUGUCCACGGACAAGGCUCCGCUCCGGCAGCUGCUGGACGCCACUAUCAGCGCCUACAUCAACACCACCCACUCCCGCCUCACUCACAUCAGCCCCAGACACUACGGAGAGUUCAUAGAGUUCCUCAGUAAGGCCAGAGAGACCUUCCUACUGGCCCAGGAUGGACACAUCCAGUUUGCCCAGUUUAUAGACAACCUCAAACAGAUCUACAAGGGCAAGAAGAAACUCAUGAUGUUGGUACGGGAACGCUUCGGCUGACCCCUGGGAUUGCCCCAACAGGACACGCAAUAUGGGGAACUCCUUUUAUUUCCACUUAAUCAAUUAUUUAAGUUUCCAUUUCAUUUGUCAUUUACGUGUCAAAUUCUAUAUUUGUCCGGAGGGGGGGGGGAUCCGAAUACAAAAGCGUUUGAAAAAGAUUAUGAUAAUGAUGAAAAAACAUUGGCAAAUAAUGAAAAACCAAAUGAUGUAUAGGGUAUUUUGAGCCAGGGAAUGAUGUCUGCUGUGGUGAGAUACUAGUGGUUUUUGAAGGAAAGAAAACCUGUCAUUCCAAAAACACUGACGCACAUAGCGUUGACUUACUGUUAUACCGCAAUCGUAUUCCAAGGGUCAGCUUUAAACUUUUCCUGUUAAAAGGUCUCGUUUCAAGGCAUUAUGUGUGGGGGAGGUGGAAUGCUGAACUUGGGUGUGUCAGGUCCAGAAGCCAAGCCUAAAUAUGCCAGACUCAUCAGGUACAUACUGAGUCCUCUGACUUGACCAAGCCACUCACACUCUCACAUAUUCUCUACCACCUUUCCUGAGUGUAGCCUGAUCGAUUUGUCUGGUAUAUCCUAUUUCUAGUGAAGGUACCUUUCAAAAAGAGACAGAUGUACAGAGAGAGAGACAGGUUGCGGCAGAUUGGUAUUUGGAUUCGAUCACGGAAAGCUGGAUUGACUGGCCUGAGAGUGAUACUGCCACUGUGGGUUUGGGUCUGUGAGGAGUGGCUUGUGUUGUCAGAGUUUGGGUUUAUAACAUGUGGAAAUACCAUUGCUGAAAAACAUCUUGUAUCUUUCAAAGCAAAACGUGUAUGAACGUGUACUUUUUGACAACAUGCCUUGGUGUAGCCGGUUGGGGUUAGUAUUCCACAUACAGGCCUAACUAUAACUAUCAACCUCUCAGACCCUGUGGGAAAAGUUUUAUAUUAGCCGUAGUACUAUUGUUAUACAAGCACUUAAAAAAAUGUCAUGUACUCAACACCAUUCUGUCUGCUUGAGCAAUUAUUUAUCGAUCAUUAGAAUAAUCUGUGUGUGAAUGAAUACUAGGAAUACAAACAGCAUAACUAUAUUUAACAUGCAAAAAUAGGAAUAUUAGACAAAAACAUUUGAGGAUAAAUGUUGAGGCUAUGAAAAGCGUUCCAUGUCAGCUUCCACAUUCCAGGUGACCUAAGGCCACAGAAGUACGUCUGUUUGACGUAGUACAGUAAAGAAACAAUGACAGAAAAGAGAAAAGAGACGCUGAACUCAGUUCUCAGGGAAUCACUUAAAGAAACAAAAACAACAAAAAAGUAGUAGCAUAAGCAUUUAAGAUAUUGUAAAUAUGAAAGUGUCAAUUAAGAAAAUUGUAAAGUUAUAAUUAUUUAUGAUAACUGUAUGUUUUUGUGGGAUACUUGAAUGUGUUGUGGGCUGGGAAUGUGAGGGCAGUUAGAUGGAAAUACAUUUCUCAGGUGCUCCUGUGUACAUUUCUCUGAAUUUUGAGUCAAUUUUUUUAUUUGUAUGUUUUGUUUAGUUUUUGCAGUGUUUUCUAAGAGGAAGCAUGUUAUUUCGAAAUUAGAAAAGCAGGCAUACCAUUAUGAACAGAAAGCAACCUGACUAUGCAGAAACCACUUGGUGGUUUGGUCCCCUUCUCUGGAGUCACCCAGACGAAUGUCUGAGGGGGGCUAGCCACUAUCCUAAAGAGAACAGACGAGGCAAGACACGGCAUGUUUGUAUUUGUAAGUAGCCUGCACAUGCUGCAAAUUGGGACGGACGUUGCCUUUGACCAAUUUUAAUGUACAAUUUCUCUCUUUGGACUUAAGCCUUUAGUGUCUUCUCAAAGUACCCGUGUCAGCGCUUGACAUGGUAACGAGAGUUUAAGGAGAACAAUGGUCCAAAAUAAAUGAAAAUAAAAACCCUGCAUGCCCCACGCAAAAUAAGGAACUGGCAGAUAAUAUGAAUGGGGGAGUCUGUUUUGCCAACCCCCAUCGUCCUCCCUUGUAUUUCUUCAUGCUUUUAAGCCUAUUCAGUUCCCUUCACCUGAACGACCAUGGCCAUGCUCUUAACCAUUCUCUACAACCCCUACGGAGCAGCUGAGUUAUUCUGCUCCUUCCUUCCAUCCAUCGCCGGUCUUUAUUCCUUCUCUUUUAAAAAGAUUUUGUUAACUUCCUCCCAAACGUUAGUCCCAGGAUUCAGUAAGACUGCAGCACUGCCUGUACCAGUGCCAUAUGCACCACGACAUAACACCUGCUUUCCAAACCAACCUACGGCAGUCUCCUCUGCUUUGUCAUUCACUAGCUGCCACAAAUAUUAACCACUACUUGAAUCUGAGAUUUGUGAGUUACAACGAGUGGACAAAACAAGAUUGCAGUUUAAUGUAAACCUGUCUGUUAUAUACACACGUUAAACAACAAGCAUUUUCUGUCGCUGAAGAAGUUGGUUCUACGGCAUUGCAAAAAAAGUGGGGGGGGAAACUCCUCUGGCUUUUCAUUUCUCUCUCCCAUACUCUGUGUCUGUGUUAACUGUACCAGUGUUUUGACCUGUCACUAGAAUUUAGAAGGAAGUAAUAAUAAUCGCUGGUAGAUUGUUCACUAGUUCAUCUACGGUUUGAUUAUUUUUUUUUAUUUAAGGGAAAGUGUUUGUUGCCUCUUUGUGCUACUGAUUAAUAAAAAAAGGUAUCCAGUAUUUGUUGCCACAGAAGUAUAGUUUAUCAACAGUUUGUUUGUGCAACCUCUUGAGCUAAUGUCUAUAAAACAAUUUAUUACUAUUUAUGUAACGCUACUACCAUUUUAUAUCAUUUGUGUUGGAAUCUCAGUGCUUUUCUAUGAAUAAAGUGUGAAACACGUA